AGUCAUCUCCCUCUGCGCAAUACAAGUGUGUCGGCAGUUAUGGUCGGUUCUACGUGGAACCGCCAUCUGCCUGAGGGUGACCUCACCGCUCCUCCACAGUCAACUUUACUCCCUUAUAAACCUCUCGAUAUUCUCUUAAGCCUUGCUUAUCCUCUUCUCUCCCUCGCUAAAAUCCUUCUCUAUCCGCUUCUUUUUAAUCUGAAUUCGGAAAGAAGAUCACGAAUCAUGGCACAAAUCUGGACUAUACUUUCCAAUCUCUAUUCUGUUGCUGGGCCCUGCGUGAUGCUGUUAUACCCCUUAUAUGCGUCGGUGGUGGCAAUAGAGAGUCCAACAAAGGUGGAUGAUGAGCAGUGGCUGGCCUACUGGAUUAUUUACUCCUUCUUAACCUUGUUUGAGAUGGUUGCAGAGCCCUUGCUGUCAUGGAUACCCAUAUGGUAUACGGUAAAGUUGAUAUUUGUGACAUGGCUGGUGCUUCCACAGUUGAGGGGAUCGGCCUUCAUUUACAAUAAGUUUGUAAGGGAGCAGCUGAGGCUAUAUGGAUAUGGAGGGCACAAGGAAGACAAGGAAGUUACUAAACCCUCCUCACCCAGUAAGGGUAGGAACAAAUUUCUUGGGCUUGCUCGCUCGAAGAAGGGGGAGUAGGAGCCCCAUUAGGCAUCAGCAUUUCAUCCUUGGACUGCUGAGAGACAGCUAACCAUGCUUGUAUUUUAUAAGGUGUGACAUAGCAAGUAGUUAGAAAAAUAAACCAUAUUAAGAUGGAAGUUCUUAUCUGUCAGUUGUGUUGUUUUUUUGGUUAUACUAUAUAGUGCUGAUGCAUCUGUAAAAAUGUGAGUUUUUUCUGGGUAGUGGUGAUUACUAUGUGUUGUAACUAUGUUGUAACUAAAAUGUUACCUUUUGGUUUUUGACAGCUCAAACUUAUUUGUUUUUGUUGGGAAUGAUGAAAGCUAAGGCUCAAAUCUUGUAAUUACAAAAA